AUGAGCCUCGUUGGGAUGAACUUUUGGCCGCAGGGCAAUACUAUGCUUGUAGCCUUUCCUCAGUUCAGCUUGCUUCCCCAGCAUAUCCAAGACCACAUUUGGCAGCUUAUCAUGGAAGCACGCAAGCCUCACCACGUCAUCCUCCAGGAUGGUUUUAAACAUUGCCAGCCUGUUCCGGCAAUUGCCCAUGUCUGCCGGGCUGCACGAGAGAUUGCCUUUCAGAACGGCGGAAUCUUCCGGCUCGGAAACGGCACACCCACCUGGUUCAACCCCGAGAAGGACUUUAUCUUCUGGGACUCUGAGCGUAACUUGGGCCAGUUGUCUAGCAAAGUUCAGAAUCUGAUCAUGCCCUUUUAUAGGGAUAGCGGCUUCAAUACCCUUUGCGACAUAUUCGAGGAUCUCUUCGAAGGGGGAAUCCCGAGCUCGCUCCGUUCCGUCUACAUCGCCACGGAGCAGAUGUCCGAAAGCGACUUUUGGAACUCCUACGGCGUCGCUAACUUCUUCGGUGACGAGCCUAUCCUAGCGCCCACUCUCAACCAAUUCGACCCUCUCAUCGGCCGUGUCGAAGCUGUCCAGCAGUGGCUGCGCCAUGAAUCGCUUGCCCGGUGGCGGCGGCAGCGGAUGACGAACUUCGACGACUCGGAGGAAUGGCAGGACCAUGCCGGCGAGGUCCUGCAUGCUUGGAUUUACACUUCAGGCCUCUUUAGCGACGCGAUCAAAGACGCCGAUUUUGAUGAUUUCGAGAACGAGGUCUUGAUGCACCCCGAAGGAGGCUCCUGGUGGGAAUUCUUCGCACGCAGAGGCCCCUCCAUCUACCCCACCGCGGUGUUCAUGAGGCUGGACAACGCGACACUGGUCACCGACGUUGAUAUGGCCAACUAUUAG